AUGCUUCAUUUGAAUUUUUUAUAUUUUAUUACAUUCGUACAUAUGAGGGGGAGUUAUGAUGAAAUUGAGAGAACAAUCAUUCCGGUUAAAAGUGCAAGCUGUUUAAAUGUUACAAAUAUCUCGCAACCAUCUUCCGCAAAAAAAAUAAUUAAGUUAUUUAGUCGCAAUCCCAUGAUCGCAUUAAAACCUAUGGUGUAA